AGCCUCUGACAACACUUGAGAAAUUUGUGACUUCCAAAGAACAACUCGGGGGAGAGGAUUCAAAGACUUUUUAUUAGUUCUUUUACGCACGCCGAGCACAAAAAUGCAUCUAUUUACUUCAGUGUCAAGAAUGAUUUCAUCUUUCCCAUACCCAGCGUUUCUCUUUCUGGCACCCUUGCUGUUGAAGGGUCUCUGCGUUAGUGGCUCCCCGGGCUGCGCGUCCUGUGGCUUGCCGGCGACGGAGAAAGACGCAGAAGAACGGCUGAUGAUAGAGCUCGCCAAACAGCAACUUUUGGAGAAGCUGCACCUGAAAGAAAGACCAAACAUCACUCAAACGGUGCCCCGGGCGGCGCUCCUCACCGCGCUUCGCAAACUGCAUUCGGGGCGAGUCAGACAGGAUGGUACUCUUGAACUAGAAAACACCAUACCUGUCAAAGAUCAAGGCUAUGAAAUAGUGAGCUUUGCAGAUAUAAGUGCGACAGAGAGCAGUGAUAAGGCCAGCCUCAGCCUUACAUUCCAGUUUCUGCAGGAACAUGGCCAGAGUAUCCAGGUCCUCGAGUCUUCUCUCUGGAUUUAUGUCCGCUCCUCUGAGGACCCUCACCGGGACUCCCGCCUCCCUGCCCGCGUCUUCCUUUCGGCAGUUGGCGGGGUAUCACCCUCUAACCGCACCUUGGUGAUAGAAAAGAUGCUCGAGGUCCGGGACAGUAACUGGCACACCUUCCCCAUCAAACGCACCCUGCAGUCCUUCCUGGAUGGUGGCCAACGCCUGCUGCGUCUGGAGGUUAGUUGUGACGAGGAUGGAAAGAACCUUUGUUCCCUUGAUGACUCUGCUGAUACACCGUACCAACCCUUUCUGGUGGCCCAGGUGCGUCUCCGUGAUAACCACUCCAAACACACUCUCAGAAAGCGCUCUCUGCGUUGUGGUGAUGAUGUGACUGUGUGCUGCAAGAAAGACUUCUACAUCAAGUUCAAGGAUAUCCAGUGGCAUGACUGGAUCAUUGCACCUGAAGGCUACCAUAUGAACUACUGCAUGGGUCAGUGCCUCCAACAUCUGUCUGGUUCCCCAGGUAUAGCAUCCUCAUUCCACGCCACUGUCUUCAGCCAGCUGAAAGUCAACGGCAUUAACACAGGUGCCUCUUCAUGCUGUGUUCCCACUGAGCGCCAGCCACUUUCCAUGGUCUACUUCAACUCUCAGCACAGCAUUGUCAAAACGGACGUCCCUGAUAUGAUAGUUGAGUCCUGUGGAUGUACAUAAAAGACAGUAUAAGAGAAAUGGUGUGAUUAAUGAGGAUUUGCUCUCAUGCAGUUAAUCUAAAACAAGUGUGUAAUGUAGACAGACAUAAAGAAAGACACAAACACACGUGCACAGGAAAUGAAAAUGUAAGUAUUUCUCUGUGUUUAGUUGGGGACAAACAGUAUUUGUGUUCAUUUUCUACACAAGAAAUAGUAAGUCAUUUUGAGGCAACAAAAUUAGAAAUGCCCACCAUAAAAGUAACUUCUUCUUCUUUUUCUUUCUGACAAGACUUAAUAAUUUUGACACAUAACGUGUUGAAAUCAGCACAUCACUUUAGUAUUUUAAGUGACAUAAAAGAUGACAAUAAUGUCAGAAACAUUUUUUUUCAAACUCAAGAUUAUUUUAAGGAAAUAAUAUGCACAAAAAAUAAGAAAUGAUAAGCUAUUAUCAGGGCACUCAGGCUAUUCUAAUGCACAGACUAAUUCCUUCAUCAAUAAGUCAGGGGCGUAAAUUAAACAGAAGAAAUAAACUAUGCAUUAAUGUAAAUCAGAGGUCACAAUAAAAACACAAAGAGAUUAACAUGAAGCCUUCACUGUAGAGUAAAAUUUAUAGCUUCAAACUGUCUUUUUAUAUAUAUGGUAUUUAUUUUGUGGUACACAAUUGCUGCUGGGAUUCAGUUCAAAGAUGCAGUAAAAUGUUCUCAGGAAACUGGGAGCAGAACUGACACCGCCCAAACUCUUUCAAUGCACCUCAGCUAUGUUUCCAGUAUGGUUUAUGAUAUAGUAAUAUAUAUGUCCACAUACAAUAUGUAAAAUAUAAAUACUUUUUUAUUUUUUACAUUUACAGAACUGUUAUAAAUACAUGGCUAAUAUGCACCUUUUCUUGGUCUACUUAAAUGCUGCCAUUUUAAAGCAAGGCAAGAGAUCCUUGAUUUAAAGUAUGCCUUCUUUAUUAUCUUGUGAUGACAAAGUGCAACUUGUACAUUGAGUAUCAAGUCAUCUUGGGUAAAAGGGGUCUAAAUACCAAAGAGAAUCAGUUAUGCCCCUCUGCUUGACCCUUGAUUUGUGUAUACAGUAUCAUUUUUACUUUUCCCAUUAGUAACAAAUGUGGACACAAUGUUCAUAUGGACAAUUCUUUGUAAUUAGUAAUUUGACUUUUUCUUGUAUUACAUCCAACAGCCAUUUUCAUUUAAGUGUGAAGUUGUGAUGAGAAUAAUCUAGCGCAGUGCAAGAAAACACUGGAAACUGAAAGGGUUUGAAAAGGAAAAAUCUGGUCUGAAUUCUGCACCCGAAGAUGCAGCCUGAAAUAUGUUUGAUCAGCAUCUCCACUGUAUUAUUUACACAGGACGGCUAAUCAGUUGGGCAACUGUGGUUCUGACAGCAUUUGAACUCAAGGUCAUUCCUCAGCAGCGUGAGCAAACAUUUAGUUAUUGCUUCAGUGUCAGGUAAUGUGAAGGUCUGUGCAGUAGGUGGGUCAAUGGGCAUGUACUGUUGCACGUUGGCAUUUAAAGCUCUCAAAGUCUAAAGUUUUCUGAGAUGAUGUAAAAUUAGGAGCUUUCAGCUAAAGGCAAUCUGUAAAUCAUUUGGGGAGCUCUGAAAUCAUCUUCCUCAUAUCCCAAUUGUACAAUGCAUAGUCCUAAAAUUUAUCAUUCUAAAUUUGUUUUAUGUACACAUCCAUACCUGGGAAAUGACCGAGUGAAAUAUACUUAAAAUAUGCCAGUAUCCAUACUGAAAUCCUUUUAUUUAAAGUGUGGUGUUGAUGGACACUAUUGCCUCACAAUACAAUAAAUAAAACAAAUGAAGGACCGACUUACAGCUGAACACUUUAAGCCACUUUUUGAGAUGUUUUUGCAUUUAAAAUUGGCAGUAGUUUUACAAAGCUGGUAUAUGUCAUUUCAUUUCAUGUUAUGAAAAUUAUAUAGUACAGUACUUAUAUACCAACAAGUAUUACACUGCCAGCAUUAGUAGAUGUUAGUCUAUGGUAUGGAAAUGGGACAAAUCCUUGUUUACUUCUUUUCUUAGCCUACCUAUGUUUACACUAAGCAGUGUAGAAGUCUAAGAUCUUUUCUGCUUUCUGGAUGGUGUCUCAAGGGUGGUAAUUUUCCUUACUGGAUUGGUAAAUUGCAUGGUUUAAGGACCUGUAUUGUACAGCCAUGAGGCAACAAGUAAAACUUUGAGCAAAUGAAGAUGGAGCAUUUUAAUCAUUAAUAUCUUUUGUCACAUUUUUGUUCAAAUAUCUCAUAAACAUGUUCACAUUGUUUUGAUCUUUUUUGCCAUUCUUCAUCCACAAUGAAUAUCUCUCUCUGUUGCCUAUAAAAGCUGCACUUGUAUUAUUACUUUAUUGUUUAAUGCUGAAGUUUAUUGUUUGUUUUAUUUUGCAAGCACUUCCUGUCCCAGGACUCAAUGUGACAUUGAGGUGCCAUCAUAACAUAACUUACUAGGCACUUUAUAAUCAUAUACUGUAUUUUUAGAGCAAAUUUUGCUUGAAGGGUAUACUACUUAUAACUCAGGAGGGCACUAUACUAGAAAUGUAAAUAGACCUUACAGAAAGCAAAUGUCAAUCAGUUUAUUUUCUUAAGCUCUAGUUGUUUUAAGUGUGUGGUUUUGUAUAUGGUUACAGAGCACACUGUUGAUGCAAGAAUGUCUUUACACUUUAAGUGGUGGAUUUGAAUACUGUUUUAAUUUAAU